AUGAUACCACCUGUCGGAGCAAUCCUGGCCUCUACGACGACUGUAACCGCGUCAUUGAGCUUUAUUCCGGUUGCUGUAUACUUUGAUCUUUUCUCGAUACUGGUUAAGAUUGGGAAACCAGCUACUUCGCAACAGAUUACUGAUUCCCGGAAUGAGGAGAGAAGUCAAGUUGAAAAGGAACAGGCGCCGCUCUGCUAUCAAUUGACCCAUGACGUCCUUUUUGCCAUAUCGUCAAUAGGCCUGGUUGAUAUAGUUCAAGACGACCUAUUUGAAGCAAAUGACAUUACCCGGCACAUGGUUAGCAUGCCAUCAGCUCAACAUGGAGCUCUUCACUUCGCAACCGAACCAAUGUUCGCAGGCGCAUUCUUAAUGCGAAAACUAAUCGACACCAACUUUGAAUAUCCCUUCAAAGCGCUCGAAACCCCAACACAAUACGGCUACAAACUUCUGGGUCAAAACGACCUCGCAAAGGAGCAUACGUACUCCAUCAUGGCGCACCAAGGCCGAAUGGAUAGCUUUAAUCAAUUCAUGGUAGGCAAAUUCGGGAAAUUCGGAAAAAUGCCCGACCGAGUCAGGUCCUUUGGUUAUGAUUUGGAUGGCGCAGUUUCUGGAACUGAGAGUGACACUGUCUGGGUCGAUAUUGGAGGUGGGAGAGGUGAAAUGCUCCUCGAGCUCAAGGAGGCGUAUCCCACACUCAUGAAAGAGGCUUUGGUGCUUCAAGAAUUCAAUCCAGAUAUUGGCAGUGUCCCGGAAGUCACGCAAAUGGAAUGGAAUUUCGCAAGUGAUACUCCACAGCCGGUUGAAGGGGCGUUGAAUUAUUCCUUGAGUCAUAUAUUUCAUAAUUUGCCUGAUCUCAAUGCCCUGGAGUUGAUGCAAAAGGUGUCGAAAGCCAUGGCACCGUAUUCGCGGCUAAUCAUUCAGGAGUUUACAAAGAAUAAGAGCUAUGGAAAGAUGCAUGCGACUAUGAUUACCCUGUACGGUGGUAGAUUGCGGUCCAGUGCGGAAUGGACGAGAUUGGCAGCGUUGUGCGGGUUGAAGGUGACUUUUGAAGCAUAUCCAGAGGCGGGAGAGGGCUUGAUUGAGAUGCGGAAAAAUAUAACAAUACCCUUAACUAGGUAA